AUGGAAGCAAAGAAGAUCAUCGGUUUAGGCAGUCCAUUGUUGGAUAUUCAAGCUGAAGUUCCAGCUGAAUUCCUUGAGAAGUACGGAUUGACACUCAAUAACACUUAUUUUGCUGAGGAGAAACAUUUACCACUCUAUGAGGAAUUGAUUAACAUUCCAACUCAUUCUCAUGUUCCAGGAGGAUCUGCACUCAACACUGUAAGAUUGUCAAGAUGGAUGGCUUAAGCUGGUUAGGAUCAAGUAAAAUUCAUCGGCUGUGUUGGAAAGAAGGACAAAUUUGCAAAUAUGUUAAUUGAGGUGACAAAUAGUGACGGAGUGACAACCUUAUUUGACGAAUAGGAUCAACCUACAGGUAAAUGCGGAGUGUUGCUCUGCAAUAAGGAUAGAUGUUUGGUUCCCUUGAUUGGUGCAGCAGCUCAUUUGUCUGAAGCCUAUGUUGAUUAGCAUAUUGAGGAUAUCAAAACUGCUACUGUCUUAUUUAGCGAAGUGUAUUUCUUGUAUCCAAGAGCUGAACUUACAAAGAAAAUAUAUUAAAUUGCUUCAGAAAGUGGUGUGAAUACAUGCUUGACCCUUUCAAGUGUAAAUGCAGUAAGUGAUAGAUUCAACGAAAUUUUGGCUGUCCUCCCAUAUGUUGAUUACUUGUUUGGUAAUGAAGAUGAAGUUGAACAAUUUGCUAAGAAUUUGAAGUUCGAGGGAGAUCUCCCAUCAGUCAUGUAAUAGAUAGCUGGGUAUGAAAAACAUGGACAAAGAGAGAGAGUGGUUGUAUGCACUUAAGGAAAGAAGCCCACUUUGAUUGCUAAAAAGACUGAAGUUAUAACUGUUGAGGUGUAGUUGGUCGAUGUAUCAAAGAUUGUUGACACCAAUAGUGCCGGCGAUUCUUUUUGCGGAGGUUUUAUUGCAGAAUUGUUGAAUGGUCCAGAUCUUGUCAAAUGUGCUAAGGCUGGAAAUUAUUCUGCCUCUUAAACCAUCUAACACGAGGGAAGCACAAUUCCAAAAUAUGCACCAGAAAAAACAUGGUGAAAAGAUAUUAUUUAUGUAAUAAAUAAUAAAUACAAAAUAUUUUC